GCUUGCCUACCUUGAAGAAAAACCGAAGAAAAAGACAAGCGAAUAGAGGAACUAUCGCAUCGAUAGAUCGCUCGGGGUCACAGACGGAGCAGAAGGGAUAGAACAAAACAGGGUGGUGGUCACGGCAUGCGGUCUUGAGAGUACGCACGAACAGGUGGCAAGGCGGGAUUAUUCGCGGAGGACUCGGAGGCUGGCGAAAGAGAGGUGGCGGACGAGGGGUUUGGGAGGAGGUGUGUGCAACAAGAUGCGCAACGGCACAAAACUUUCGGAGUAUCUACCGACGUUCUCCCGAAGCCGAUCGACCCGUGACUUUUACUAACGUUGAUACAUGGCGUUAUUUUCUACAUUAUUGGAACACAAACAAGGUAACCGGGACAAUCAAUCACCGCUGUGAGAAUCUACGUGAGGGAGACAUCCUUCCGUGUGAUCAUGCUCAGCCCCAAGAUGCAAAGAACAGUGAGGGUAAACGAUGCUCAGCUGAUCAUGCUCUCGGAGAAAGCCCAUAACGAUACUUGUCUGGCGGGAUAUUUGCACAAGCGGACAGCCGAUUCCACCAAGUGGCUGCAACGAUGGUUCGUUCUCUAUCAGAAUCUGCUAUUCUAUUACGAGAACGAUAUGUGCUCGCGCCCCAGCGGCGUCAUUCUGCUUGAGGGUUGCUACUGCGAUCGACUCAUCACCGCCGUAAAAGGCAAGGAGCCGGAUAAACAGCACUGUUUCGCGAUAUCGUACAGAAAGGAGAACCAACGGCAAUACGAGCUGAAAGCGGCCACGGAGACAGAAUGCAAAAAGUGGAUCGAUGCGAUACGAGACGCUAGCUUCAACAAAUUAUUGCUGGAAAAGGAAGAGCUCGAGCAAAAGCACCUGCACCUGUUGCAAAUCGUAGACAGUGAGAAAACAGCCAAGUGGCAGUACACCCAGCAGUGCGAUGAAUUGACGUCGGAAAUAAAAAAGCUACGGGCGGAGAUAUGCUCUCUGAAAAAGGACAUUCGACCGGUGGCGCCGGCAUACCGGCCGUGUUUUCAAAGGACUAUGUCCCAGGGUACGGCAAGUUUAUACAUCGGGGCUAAUCCGUUUGGUGAUGGUGCACACGGCUCCGCCGACACGGCGUUACGCGGCAUUACAGAGGGUUCGAUCGAGAUGCAGAAAAUCAAGAAGGUCCAGAGCUUCUUCAGAGGCUGGCUGUGCCGGCGACGCUGGAAGCAGAUCGUUGAACAGUACAUUAAGAGCCCGCACGCCGAGAGCAUGCGCAAGCGGAACAGUCUGGUGUUUCAAAUGGUGGAGGCGGAGGAGGAGUACACGGAACAGAUGGAGAUUUUAGUGAGCUGUUUUGUGAGGCCUUUCAAGAUGGCUGCCAGUUCGAAAAAACCCCCAUGUAGUCACGAGGACGUCAAUAGCAUAUUUUUGAAUAGCGAGACCGUGCUGUUCCUUCAUCAGAUCUUCCUGAAGGGUCUCACUUCUCGUAUGGAGAGCUGGCCCACUUUAGUUUUAGGUGACCUGUUCGACAUGUUACUACCGAUGCUAUCGAUAUAUCAAGAAUACGUGCGAAACCACCACUACAGCCUUCAAGUCUUGACUGAAUGCAAGCAAUCGUCACCCCCGUUCGCGGCAUUGCUCAAUAGGUUGGAAAACAAGACUGCCUGCCACGGACGAUCCCUCGAGACCUUCCUAACGUAUCCUAUGCACCAGAUACCACGAUACAUAAUUACUUUGCACGAAUUGUUGGCGCACACGCCGUACGAUCAUGUAGAACGCAAGAGCCUUCAGAAUGCCAGGCAACAGCUGGAGGAUCUCUCAAGACAAAUGCACGACGAGGUCAGCGAGACUGAAAAUCUGAGGAAGAAUCUAGCCGUAGAACGGAUGAUUGUCGAAGGUUGUGAUAUUUUAUUGGACGUCAAUCAGGUCUUUGUUAGACAGGGUACUCUUAUACAACUCGUGGACAAACCGCGUGGUGCGCGAAGCAGAUUGAGCGCUACUUUCGGCGGCAAAAGCACGAGCGACAAAGAGGCUGUGCGACAGUGCUUCCUCUUCUCGAAUCAUCUGCUGCUCACGACUCGUCAGUCCGACGACGACGGCCGAUUAAAUCUUGUCCCGCAGAUCGGCAAGAUACCACUUUCCGAUGCGGUGCUGAUCGAGGACCCGAGCGAUCAGGGUGCCACGGAUGAUGAUGUAUGUUCGAUGUCAAGCGGCAUCAGUGAAAGCAGCGGAAGUGGCAGCGGCAGUAGCUCCCAGUUGCAGAAUCGCGACUUCAAGAUCUUACUCGACGUGAAAUCCGGUGGACCGCAGGUGACCGUCCACCUAGUGGCUCCUACUAUGCAGGAGAAAGCAGCAUGGAUCAGCGAUAUCAGCCAAUGCAUGGACAACGUUCACUUUAACGACUUGCUGCGCGGAUCAUUGUCGGACACCAGUUCCAUUACAAUGCCGCAAUCCAUCCGCAACGAUCCGAAAUUGUUCAAGGACGACGUGGACAUCAGGUUCAGUCGUACCUUGAACUCCUGCAAAGUGCCGCAGAUCCGGUCCGCGACGCCGGAACGUUUGCUGCAGCGACUGACCGACCUCAGAUUCCUCAGUAUUGAUUUCCUUAACACGUUUCUGCUGACGUACCGAGUGUUUACCAACGGCGUCACGGUAUUGGAAGCACUCAAGAAGGUUUUCUACGAGGCCGAACCGCCAGACGCGCAAAUGCCUUGCACCACCGGAUCCCUUGUAUCUUUAGACGUGCUAGGAACAACCUCGGAACAAUUGCACGCGGAAGACCGAAGAAGAAGCAGCUUUUCGCCGAGACGAACUAGCGGCGCUAGUUCAGUAUCAGGAUACGGAUCGGAAAUAAGCGACAGCCGUGACACAAGAUCUCAUGGAUCCUACGACACUAGUAUAGGAUACAAUUCGAAGAGUCACUGGCGAUCCGGAUAUACGAAACUCGAUGAAGAACAACCACUUGGUUUGAUCUCCGAAGCACCGAUCAUAAAGCACAGCCCGACACCACAAGCGUCCAGUCCAUCCAGCGCGUCGCAAUCUCCAGUCACACCGAGAAAAGUCAGCAUUCGCGUGGAUAACAAGGAUGCCACGGAUGACGGAUGCCACUUAACGAUACCGAAAGUGAUAGCCGUGUCGUCCAGCUCAGAGACGCUCACAGAUGUUACAGUAGUCAGUGCGCCGUCAUCGCCGAGUAAUUUGAGUUCCGUAACACUAGUCGGCUCGACGGGAUCCGGAUCGGGAUCGGAUCCGAGUCCGCAAGAGACAGGUACUUACUCACGCGGAGUCUCGGAAGACACCGACACGCCAGUAGCGGAAGAGGAUUCGAGAGAAGUACAAUUUUCCUACGACGAUUCACCGUCACAAUCAACCGAAUCUGCCAAACCGGAUACGCCAAAAACUCCUACCUUCGUGCCCAAGAAAACCGAAACAAAGAGAGAGGAGAAAGCCGCACCGGGCGACGAGGAAAGCGUACAGUCCCCUAAGCCGAUCAGUCAAUCGGCAAUUCAGCAAAGUCAGCAUCAACAGCAGCAGCAACAGUAUCAAGAGCAUAGAGCGUCGAUCGCAUCCGCUCCGCCGUGCAGCACAAGACGCAGUUCGAUCUCCACCAUAACCGGCAAUUACUGGGCGAACAGGCGAUCGAUGCAAGAAGAAAUCUCCUCGCAACAGGGCAACUUCCAGCACGAUCAAGCGUCCAGCAAGGCUGGUGUGGUCAUCACCAGUUUUCGCCAGAGCCAACGAAGCAUUGGACCUGAACCCAUCUGGAGCAGCACAUCCACCGCGGCGGCCGCAUUCGCCAUCGCGACUUCCGGCUCGAGCAAUCCACCGGACAAGGGUCCGAACGACGGUCCGAAUCGCAGCGGUUCUUGUCGGGACAAGAACAGACGCAAGGAAUCGGUAAUGUCGACCGCUGCGACAAUGAGAGUACUGAACGUUCUCAGACACUGGGUGUCCAAGCACGCCCAGGAUUUCGAACUCGACCAGGAAUUGAAGAAUAUGACCAUCGAGUUCCUGGACGAUAUCUGCUACAGUCCCAAUCUGUUGCCGGCUGAACGCAAGGCCGCCAAUCAGCUUCUUACUUUGAUCACUAAGGAAGGACCCGAGAAUGCCAAAGUCGAUCUGAAAAAACUGCUGGCUCCGCCACCAAUUCACAGCAAGGAGAGCAUUGAGACGCUGCUCGCGCUGGAGAUCGCAGAACAGAUGACGUAUCUGGACCAUCAGAUAUUCAUCUCCAUCGCUAGCGAAGAAUUUCUGGGCCAGGCGUGGAUGAAGACGGACAAGGCGAUCCGCGCGCCUCAUAUUCUCCUGAUGACAAAGAGAUUCAACGAGGUGUCGGAACUGGUCGUCUCCGAGAUCAUCCGUCGUUCCAACAUGUCGGCCAGAGUCGCGGCUAUCGAGAAAUGGGCCGCGGUCGCCGAUAUCAACCGAGUUCUUCACAAUUACAACGGCGUGUUGCAAAUUUGCGCGGCGUUCACGAACAGCAGCGUUUACAGGCUCAAGAAAACUUGGGAAAAAGUUUCCAAAACAACAAAGCAGACGAUAGAGAGAUUGCAACACAUCGUCUCAUCCGACGGGCGCUUCAGAAACUUGCGAGACGCCUUGCACCGAUGCGAUCCACCGUGUAUUCCUUACCUGGGUCUCUACCUCACUGAUCUCUCAUUUAUCGAGGAAGGUACUCCAAAUUUCACCGAGGACGGUCUUUUAAAUUUCUCGAAAAUGCGAAUGAUCGCUCACGUGAUCCGCGAGAUACGACAUUUCCAGCAAACUCCCUACAAGAUUGAAUUGAUCACCAAGGUGACCAACUACCUGCUGGACACGUCGCUCUUGCUGAACGAGAAGGACUUGUAUCGCAUGUCCUUGGAGAUCGAGCCGAGAACGUCCAGGUUGAGUAGUUCCACCUUAGCCAAUUUGCCUCCUUCGGUCACUUCUAUGAAAUAAAUUACUUUCGCCUUGAGAAAUAAUCGUAAAGCAUUUAACUUCAAUUUCCGACCUUUUUUUGUACAUAAUGAAUCGAAAGAAAAAAAAUACGCAAAUUUCGACGAGUUAUUAAAUAUGUAUUUGUUGUGCUAGCGACUGAUCGUAACGAUCGCGCAAUAGCCCCGUCCAUUUCUGCCCACGUCUAUGUCGUCGUUUUAUGUUUUGCGAUUUGCGUUAAAUGCUAGACAAACUAAGCUCAACAGUGAUCUCAUUGUCGCACAGAAUCGGCCUCUCUUCGCAAUCGAUUAAUAGACACAGAAAUUGCCGUAAGAAACAUGAAAUAUCGGAAAUCGUACUUUGACAAUCAAUAGCGUAAAACUAUUUAUUAGUUUCCGUUUAUUCCAAUUGUUGCUGUCACAGCAACAAUACUCGCUCGUCAAGUAGAUGAAAACGACUUGAUGUAACUACCGGUCUCUCUCUCUCUCUCUCUCUCUCUCUCUCUCUCUCUCUUUCUCUCUCUCUCUUUAAAAGAAAACUUUUCAAUCUGACGUACUUUUCAGUUUGUAGCUUCUCUAAGAAUAUUUUAUUAGCUCUUCUAAAAAUAUUUUAUUAUUCUUCUGUUUUCUAAAAUUCAUUGACAUUAUCAGAUAAAACAAUAAACUUUCUCUUGAUUAAAUGUGUUUGCCGAUGAAACUUGUACAAACUUGUACAAACAUCGAUGAGAGAGAUGCAAGUUUUUUCUCUGUUUGCCAAGCGAGAUAUAAAUCUUAUACACAGAGAAAUAUACACAUAUCAACUAUAUUUGAUAUAAUUCCAAUUCAAUGUCUCUCUUACUCUCUCGCUCACUCACUUUCUAUCUCUGAACCGCCUCUAUUACAUUCAAUAAUUGUAUCUAUAAUCUACAUGCGCGGCGGACACACAGAUUGACACGGACGAAACGCGGAUGUAACAAUAUAUACAUAUAUUCUAUAUACACGCACAUCUAUUUUUAUCCUCACGUCUAUCCCUAAGAAAACUCCUAGAUGCACUCGCGCGAACGCGCGCGACGCGCGCGUUUCCGUGCGGAAUGCGACACAAUAUCGGUGUCUUAUGUGAAAAAUGUCUGUUUUCGAAAAAAAAACGGAAAUCAUGGCAUGCGGACCACGCGUUUCCAAUCAAGCGUAUUUCGUAAACGAACGGUUUCCUUCCAAGAGUGCUGCCUUUCGAAAAGGUGACGAGCAAAAACCCCACAUUCGAUUUUUUGCAUUCCCUAACAUGCGAGUGUACUUCAAGUCUGAAUCGCAUGCAGAUCAAAACGUGUAACCUGGCACGGAUGUACAUAACAAAAAAACAAAAAAAACAAAAAAUCGAAUAUUCUGAGAGUGCACUUGCAUGAUACGGCUGGCAUUUUGAGAUCUCAAACCGAGAUAAAACUUGAUGAUUGUUAUAUUACGUUUACUCGCGCGCGUGAAUCUUCCUGUGCCAUCUCCGUUUUUGUUUGUACACGUCACUCGAGAACGACGCGCGCGUGACCAAUUAAUUGUAAAUACAUUAAGCCCGAAUUCUCUUUACCGAAUUAUAGCUAUUGUUAAAAAAAAAAAAAAAAAAAAGAAAAAAAAACAGUCGAUGCGACUAUAAUCUCCGAGUGAUCCGCAGACCAUGUGUGUGUGUAAUAUCAUGCAUCUGGAAAGUAUUGCCAUAUCAUAUGUAUUUCAAUUUCAACGGAAUUCCAAACACACGUGUUGCGCGAGCAAACGUCAAACGUUUUCAUGUUGCGACGGCGAAAAUUAAUUCCAAGAUCUUGUGUUCACGUGCAGAUUCUCUUUUUGAUAAUUACGAAGCUCUGAAUUAAAAAGGCACAUAUUCCUCUUAUGAAAGUCUAAAAAUAUACAGUAGCGCGAAGAACAGUAUGGUGAAGCAAAAUCGAUCGUACCUACUGAUAAUUUUACGAUUAGACGGAGCAUAUCACUGUCACAAUCACUAUCGUUAAUUAAUGUACUUACCGAAAUUUUGAAAAAUUGCACACUUCUCUGGGCGUAAAUCGCCCGUUUAUCUUAUUUACGAUCACAAAAAAAGAAGCGAAAAAAAAUUACUUUCAGAAUUUCUUAGACAAAAUCGCAGUUUAAAUUACCUACUUCAUGCAAAAACGUGUGUGUGAUUUCUUUAAAUUAUUUAUAUAUAUAUAUAUUUAGCAGAAUAUGAAUGAACAUAAAAAAAAUCCACGUUUUUAAAAUGAUUAUUCUUUCGGUGUGAUAAAAACCAAACAACAAAAAUAUUCGGACUUGUAUAAUUCGCGUUUCCGCGAGCUUAUUACGCAUUGUCAUUGUCUUCUCUGUAAAUUAGAAAAAAGUUCUCUUAUUGUUUCGUUCUAUUGUCAACAUAUAAUGUAUCGUCAAUGAUACAAGUCAUCAAUGAGCAAUGUAUAGCUUCCUAUUGACAAAAAUUAUUAUAAAUUAAUAAUAACAAGAAGAAGAUUCUUCGGGCUCAGGAGACUUUAAACUAA